AUGUGCUCCCGCGGCUCCUGCCACGACUACGAGUCCUCCUGCCAUGAAUCCCGCUCCUCCUGCCACGACUCGGGGUCCUCGUGCCACUACACCAUCCAGAGGCAGCCUGUGCAGAAGUUCAGCUACGUGACGCCCUGCUGUGCCCCAGUGCAGAGUUACUGCCCCCCCAUGCAGCCCUGCUGCCCCCCAGUGCAGCGUUACUGCCCCCCAGUUUGCCCCCAGGUCACCAAGAACAUCUGCAAGCUGCCAAUGUACCCCAAAUACUGA